UAUGGUUCAAGUUUAGGAAGAACUCUACUAAUUCAUAUUAAAAAUGAUGCUGGCAAAUGUUUCAUUGCAGUAAUUGCCUGCAGAGUUGAGCAUUUUUUUCCUUGACAUGAUGAUUUCUUACUGCUGCUUCUGUUUUUCAGUUUUCAUUUAGAAGAUCCUUGAGAGUGGACAUCUUUAGAAUUUGUGUAUGUUGUCAUACAAGUGAUUAAGAAGAUGUUAGUCCCUCUGUGGAGUAAAAAAGAAAAAAAAUGGAGGGACAAAACCACUUACUAUAUUUGUAUUUUUAAUGGUAAUUUUUGAGGUAAUCUGUGCUUGCCUAUAAUGCCUGUGCACUCUUGAAGUCCACAGCCGAAGCACUCCUACUUAUUUUCUAAGGUAAUGAGAAUCAUGAUCUAUUGUCUGAGAAACAAGGAUUUUCUCCAGGCAUUUUGAGGGGAGAGGGGCAGAGCCACAUCUCUUCUGCUCUGCAACAACGUUUCAGUCUUGAGUUGCUUUACACUUCCUUAGCUUGUACACUGAAACUGCUAGAGAGUGUCAAUGUUAAAACUUAUGUCUGUUCAAUCAAGAAGUUCAUCAUGUCCAUUUGCAAAAUUCCUGGACAAACUGAAGGAUGCCAGUCUGCUCUGGGGAUUUUGGACUGAAGCUGGGAAAAGUUGACAAUUUUCAUGGCAGGGGGGAGUAUUUCUGAAUUGAGCAGCUUCUGAUUCUUCUCCGUUCUUCAAAGGCAGGUAAAGUGAGGCAGGAGCUUUCCCACUGAACGGAUGUCACUGGGAUCCCUCUCUAAUGUCUACGGAAUGGAAGCAUCAUUAUCAGGGAGCCUUUCUGAUGAGCCCUCAUGCCUUGGGGUGUAACUGAGCUGGAAGUUGUGUGGCAGUCCCAGUGUGCACAAGGGGACAGCAGAGUGGUUCUCUGUUAAAAAGAAAAGUGAAAUCCCCUGUGGAGGUGGUCUUUGCUGAAUGGUGCUGAGGCUCUGGGUCCUCCUGCAUCGUGUGGGGACAUAGGGUGAAUUUGUAGCCUGUUAGGCUCUUAAAUAGCAUGUCUUACCAAACACAGCACACCUGUAAUUUGUUGUAACUGUGGAUUUUUGUACACUGUUGAUGUGGUUAAUAUUGCUGAAAAAAUCAGACAGUAAUCCAGUAUUAUGACUAUUCAGGGCUUUUUUGCCCUCAGUGAGUACUUUUUCUGUUUCUGUCUGCUAUCAUGGAGGUGUAAGUCUCCUGCCUGAGCUGCUACAAACCCAGUUCUCAAAUAACAGCUUGUUACUUUUGUUGAGUGUGUGAUUGUUUGUUUUUCUGCUCUCAUGGAGUUUUUGGCAGAGGAUGCGUCAGGAUGAAACGCCACAGGCAUCUAAGCACCAGUGACAGUUCAGACAAUGAGAGUCCUUCUACUUCCUUUUCUUCUUGUUCUAAGUACAGGAGCAAGUCAAAAACACCAGCAAAUGAACAAAAGAAGCCUGCUGAGGUGUUCCGCAAGGAUCUCAUUAGUGCCAUGAAACUCCCAGAUUCUCACCAUGUCAACCCUGAUGAGUAUUACGUCUUUGCAGACACUUGGAAGCAAGAAUGGGAGAAAGGGGUUCAGGUUCCAGCCAGUCCAGAAACUAUUCCGCAGCCUUCUCUCAGGGUUGUAGCAGAAAAGGUAAAAGAAGUACUGUAUACACGACCCAGGAAAUACAUCCACUGUUCCAGCCAAGAACCCACAGAACCAGGUUACAUCAACAUUUUGGAACUAGCAGAGUCUGUGUGUCGCUAUGACUUGGAUGACAUGGACAUCUUUUGGCUCCAGGAGCUAAAUGAAGAGCUUACAGAAAUGGGAUGUGGGCUCCUGGAUGAAAACACGAUGGAGAAGACAAUUGAAGUGCUGGAGCGGCACUGUCAUGAGAACAUGAAUCACGCCAUCGAGACCGAAGAGGGGCUGGGGAUCGAAUACGACGAGGACGUCAUCUGUGAUGUGUGCCGGUCCCCGGACAGCGAGGAUGGGAAUGACAUGGUGUUCUGUGACAAGUGUAACAUUUGUGUCCAUCAGGCUUGCUAUGGAAUCUUAAAAGUACCUGAAGGGAGCUGGCUGUGUCGCACCUGUGUCCUGGGAAUACAUCCUCAGUGCCUCCUCUGUCCUAAAAGAGGAGGUGCCAUGAAAGCUACCAGGACGGGGACCAAGUGGGCACAUGUGAGCUGUGCUCUUUGGAUUCCAGAGGUUAGUAUUGCUUGCCCAGAAAGGAUGGAGCCAAUCACAAAGGUGUCUCACAUUCCACCAAGUCGAUGGGCUCUAGUGUGUAGUUUAUGCAAACUGAAAACUGGUGCUUGCAUUCAGUGCUCCGUGAAAAGCUGCAUCACUGCCUUUCAUGUCACCUGUGCCUUUGAGCAUAGCUUAGAGAUGAAGACUAUCCUGGAUGAUGGGGAUGAGGUCAAGUUCAAGUCGUACUGUCUAAAGCACAGCAAGAACAAACAGAAUUCGCUGCCUGAUGUUGAGGAGCACCCCAAGAGCGUGCCAGAGCAGAAGCAAACCGAGAGUGAGAAAACGAGCCUGCGAGCCCAAAAACUCCGAGAGCUGGAAGAAGAGUUUUACUCACUAGUAAAAGUGGAGGAUGUUGCAGCAGAGCUGGGCCUUCCUAAACUUGCUGUAGACUUUAUCUACAAUUACUGGAAAUUAAAGAGAAAAAGUAACUUUAACAAACCAUUGUUUCCUCCCAAGGAGGAUGAAGAAAAUGGCUUGGUGCAGCCAAAAGAAGAUAGCAUUCAUACUCGCAUGAGGAUGUUCAUGCAUUUAAGGCAGGACCUAGAGAGGGUAAGAAAUCUCUGCUACAUGGUAAGCAGGAGAGAGAAACUGAAGUUGUCCCACAGUAAAGUACAUGAACAGGUCUUCAACUUGCAAGUCCAACUCAUUAACCAGGAAAUUGCUGCAGGCCAUACCCUGACAAGUGCACUAGAGAACACGCUGUUCUACCCACCUCCCAGGAUCACCCUGAAGUUAAAAAUGCCCAAAUCAGCACUGGGAGACUGCAAAAAUAACUCGCUGAAGCCUGGCAACAGACCGCUUUCUCCUGACAACAACAGCACUGUUUACAGCAAACGGAGUGUGUCAAAGGAAUCAUUUGAAAUUAAAGCAAAAUCUUAUGCCAGGUAUCAGCACGACAGCAGAAGUAAUGGGCUGCUGGCAGGGAUCGGCAAGCCUCGGAGCGAGGCAAAGGACUCUGGCCCCACGCAGCUGAUGGAGUUCCACCGGGGCCAGCCUUCCGGGAAGCCUUUAGCGCUCCAGGCUGCUUUGCAUGGACAGUCUUCCAUCGGGAAUGGGCGGGUGCAGCAGGAGAACUCAAGGCUGGUGUCCAAAUCCAAUGGUCUGAUGGGCAGGGUGGGAGAUGUGAGCCAGAGAGACAGCUCCAGCCAGACGUCCUACGAACAAGAGUCCGUGCUCACGGCUCACUUGGCCAGCCAGAGUGGGUUCCGAAAAUCCACCAUAGAACAUUUCAGCCGGUCCUUUAAAGAGGCUACCAACAGUCUGGUGAGGACCACAGAAGAUCUCCGGUGCUGUGAAAAGCCAACGAGAAGACUUGCAACAAAAGAUCGCUUGUGGAGCAAGCAGACACUUGAAGGUGCUCCAUACCAGGACAACGAUGGGUACUGUCCUGACUUAGAGCUGAGUGACUCUGAAGCAGAAAGUGAUGAAAACAAAGAACAAGUAAGGUUAAGACGAAGUAGCUCAGAGAGAGAAAGCCCAAGUAAGGACUUUGGAAGAGACUGUCACAAUAGAAACAAAAAGAAUAUGAUAUCUCACAGUUCGGUACAAAGGUGAUUAGAAGCCCCCACGGGGUAAUUCAGCCUUUAUGUAUUCCAGUGUACCAGUGCAAAGCUCAGCAUCAAAAGGUUCCAGAAAAUAGUCUAGGACCUAUUUAGGAAGAGCUGCAGUAGGGGAUGGGGGAGGGGAGAGAAAUCAGAGUAGUUUUGUUCAACUGUGAAUUGGUUUGCAGUCUUUGCAAGGUUAGCUCAGUUAUCCACAAAGCCAUGUGGAAAUUGUGUGUUUUAUCGGAGGGUAACAUUUGGGAGAGCACAGAGCGGCUAAUUGUGCAAAAAUUCAGGAAAGCACUUCCCCCUUGCCAGCUGAAGGGCAAGGCACCGUGUUCAUGUGGAGGCAGUCUCGUGGUGGUGGACAGGUUUUGAAGAAGUCCUUGCAUUGCUCUAACGUGUUGCAAGAGACUGCAAACGGAGACACUGAAACUGCGUUGUUGUGGCACCUGCAGUAUGGCUUUGAUCCAGCAAUGCACUUACGGAUGUGUUAGGAAGUUAAGCACGUGAAAAGUCCUGCUGGUUUCCCCCGGGAACGUUUGUGCUCAGCUAUCCGAGCACAUGCCGGUGUGCUCUGCUGGAUCAGGCCCAAAGUGACUACUAAGUGAUGAUCCCCUUCUGCAGGAGGCUUUGAACUGCAGUGGCGUUUGCAGGCUCCCUGCAGAGGGCGGAAGCAGGCGUCGCUGGCGCUGCCAAACUCGCUGACCUCUAGACGUGCCCCCCCUUCCCUGCUUUUGCUGAAGGUUGUGUUUCUCUUCACAAUAAUUCGCUUAUUUUGUAAAUAUACAACUUCUAGUACUUCAGUUUUUUUUAAUCUCUGUACAUAGAUGCUUGUUGUGGGAUGCACUUGUAAAUAUUUUACCCAGCUAACAAGUACAGAUGGCUAAUUUUGUGGAUAGUGUUUACAAAAGUAGAUGUACUACUUCAAAGAAAAAGGCUAUUUGACACUUACACUUAGGCAAUCACCGGUGAUGCCAGGUUCCUCUUGAAACUGAGAUUUCAUGUCCAGAGGUGUUUUUUACCUGGUAUUUUUAAAGUCAGCAGAAUUAGAAAUAAUUUUAGCUGAAUUUUUUUUUUCAGGUGCAAAUUUUCAACCCUAGUUGCCUGAACACAGCAUAGGAGUCUUCUGGCAUCUAGGUCUGUAAAAUUUUAGCCAGUUGUCAUUUAGAGUAUGAUGGUUUAAUUAAAGAUUUUUUUUUUAAUUCCUAAAAAUCUACUAUUUUAUUACGCUGCUUUUCAACCUCUGGAUCAGUUGCUGUUUCCCAGUCUUAACACAUUUUUUGUAUGUCCUUUAAAAUCAGCAGUUGUUAAAUAGCAAUUAAAUUUCAGCCCGUACCAACUGAGGAGUUGCGAAGGGAAGUGAAUUAAUCCCUUUCUGUUUGUUUCAAAGACAGGGGGCUUUUGUUUGAAUGCAAACUAACUUCUUGUUUUACAGAUGGUGUUGUGUUGAUCAACAAAGCUACUGCACUAUUUUUGUCUGAAAUGCUGUACAUUUCAUAAACACACAACAUCCUCUGUCCCCACAUCACCGGCUGAAACGACCCACAGGUUGUGUAGGGCACGUUGUACAGCUCUGUUGAAGGUUCAGUUUUGUCUACAAACAAAAAGGUGUUCCCCCCACAGCAUGAAGAUGACUAUGCAGGAUCUGAACAGCAACUUGGUUUCGCUUCAUAGUUUUUAUUUAUUGCUUUUAGGUUGGGAAAUGGCAAUGACAUUUUCAGAUUUGUUUUAAACUUUGAAAUCUCCCUAGUUGCAAUAGGACUAGCAGGUCAGGGGCUGGAGGACUCUUAAGUAGUGAAAUAAUUUUUUAAAAAGUAUACUUGGCCAAUCUGCUCUGUUUGCUUCAUGCAUCUUAAUUUUUUUUAAUUUUUUUUUUUUUUUACUUCUUGAUUUUUUGUAUAUUUGUGUAAUUGAUCUUUCUAAAGCUGUAUCUUCAAAAUUAUUUCUUUUGGUGUAAAUAUGCAGUAGCAAUUUAGGUUUCCACAUAUUUUAUUUUUAUGGGAAAUGCUUUGUGUUCUAAGCCAUGGGUCAUUCAGAAUAAGUAAACAAAUGUCUGUUCAUUUGUAUUCUGGUUCUGAUUCUCUUAGUUCUCCUUCAAUAUUUAUUAGUAAUCCUCUCUCACUGGCCAUGAAAUUUUAUUAAGCUUUUAUUGGGAACACUUAUCUGAGAGGUCAGCAAAGUGUUCAUGUUAUUUUGUGGCUGGAAGCAUAUGACGGAAGAGAGGGAAAAUGGUGCUUCAGCAAAACUCAGCGUUUCUGCUCUUCUGGGGUUAUCAAUUCAGUUGUUUCCAGUCUGGGCAAUGGUUUUGCUAAUUUUUACAUGAUUUUAAUAGACAUAUGAAGGAGCCCUUGGUUCUGUAGUUCUCAAGUAUUGUCCCCAAAGUGCAUUUGCUAGUUUUUAUUGUGCGUUCGGUGGCUAACUGUUUGAAGUAUUACCUCUUAACCUUAUUUGUCAAUUUUUUGUUGUGUUUUUGCAUUUUGUUUUAUAUAUAUAAAUAUAUAUAUAUUCAAUUUUCCAAGAUGGACUCGGUCUUUUUCAGAUGUCCCCUUUUUACAAGUACUUUUUCAUUAAAUUAUGAAACUGCUAACAAUA